GUGCAACAGAUCCCAAGCGCAUGCGCAGUUCAUUGUUUUGACUGAAAAUGCCGUCGGUUUCGAAAACGGCGGCCAAUGCGUCUCCUCAAACCGAGAAACCUACCCACUAUACAUACUUGAAGGAGUUCAGGACUGAGCAGUGCCCGCUGUUCCUCCAGCACAAGUGUACGCAGCACAGACCCUUUACGUGCUUUCACUGGCAUUUUCUUAACCAGCGGAGAAGGCGACCCAUAAGAAGAAGAGACGGGACCUUUAACUACAGCCCGGACGUCUAUUGCACGAAAUACGACGAGACAACAGGCAUUUGUCCGGAUGGAGAUGACUGUCCUUAUUUACACCGGACAACGGGUGACACAGAGCGCAAGUACCAUCUACGCUAUUACAAGACUGGCACUUGUAUCCAUGAGACAGAUGCCCGAGGGCAUUGUGUGAAGAAUGGCCUCCACUGUGCUUUUGCUCAUGGGCCACAUGAUCUCCGACCUCCAGUCUAUGAUAUCAGGGAGAUCCAAGCACAAGAGGCCCUCCAAAACGGACAGUUGGGGUCUGGGGAAGGUAUUCCUGAUCUACAACCUGGUGUAUUAGCAAGUCAGGCCAUGAUUGAGAAAACUCUGACAGAGGACCCACGGUGGCAAGAUACCAACUUUGUUUUAGCCAACUAUAAAACAGACCAGUGUACUAAGCCUCCAAGACUUUGCAGACAGGGUUACGCUUGUCCCCACUACCACAACAGUAGAGACCGAAGACGAAAUCCACGAAAGUUCAAGUAUAGGUCAACUCCCUGCCCUAAUGUGAAACAUGGGGACGAGUGGGGCGAGCCUUCCAAAUGCGAAAGUGGAGACAGUUGCCAGUAUUGUCACUCUCGCACUGAACAGCAGUUUCACCCAGAGAUCUACAAAUCCACCAAAUGCAAUGAUAUGCGGCAGACUGGUUACUGUCCCAGAGGACCGUUUUGUGCGUUUGCACAUGUAGAAAGAAUUCCCUCUACAGAAGAGACCAUGAGCUCAUUGCUAACAGCGAUACAGUCAAGUUCACAGUCCCAGCUGAGCUCCCAGCAGUAUUCAGAGUGUCCAGUCAAUGAGUGGAACAGUGGAGGCAACUCCACCAUCAGUGCAACCAGUAGCAACGGCCAAGUAGGAAGUGUUUCAUGUUCUAAUAGCUCAACUGUAACGCCAAGCUCAGGAAGCGACAGUUUGUUAUCCCCAGUGGGAUCCAUCAGCAGGCCCAAAUCCUUAACUAAUAGUAGUUUAUGUUCAGAGUCCACCACAUCCAGUGUCUCAUCUCUGACGUCUAACUAUCCUAAAGCUCCGGGCUUUGAACGUGAGGAUCAGAUCAAGAAUAAGGGACACAUGGAUCAAAAAUUAAUGGACCAAGAAAAACAGACACAAAAUACUGUAUUCUCUGCGGUGAACCCUUUGGCAUCAAGCUUUACCUCCAGUAUAACAUCAAGCUUGGCCUCCAGUAUUGGCUCAGAUAGUUCUUCACCCACCACCUUAUCAACAAUGAAUGCAAAAGCCACUCCUUUCUAUCCAGGGAGCAACACAGUGGAGUCUGUCAUAGGAUCCGCUCUGGACCUCAACUUCAGUGACAUUAAUGUUGCAUCUCUGGAGAAGGAGUUAGAGGAUCAAGACAACAAUGUGGGAUUGGCAAGUCAAAGGGUGCUGGGUGGAUCCGCUCCAGUUAACAUUCCUGGCUCCCUGGCAAGAUCUUCUUCUUUGAAUUCUUCAUCAUCGCUCUCCACCUCUCCGCUAAGCUCCCUCUCUCAGUCCCUGUCCCAGUCUCUGCUGUCUGGGACGGUAUCGCAGCAAAAUCAACCUUCCAGCAUGUUAACCAAGCAAGAGCACGGCCUUCUGGGAACACCCACCUCCUCUUCCCAGAACUCGUUGGGCUUGAAUGGAGGAGCUAGCAGCAUUUGGGACUUUGUGAGUGGCAGCUUUUCACCGAGUCCAUCUCCAGUUUUCAGCAGCCUAACCUCCACAAACAGCAGCGCUGAUCUGGCUCGCCUUUUCAGAGAACUCGAUGAGGCCAAGAGGAAGAUUAAACAAUGGGAGGAGGCCUGGCAUCAGGUCAAACAAGCGUGUGAAGCUUGCCAGAAAGACGCUCACGAAGCUAAGGAACAAGCAAAAACGGCCGAAGCAGAGCGGCAGCUGGCAGAACAGAAAUGGGAAGAAACGGAGCGCAAGCUCAAAGAGCUCCAAGGGGACUUUGAUGUGCUUUGUCGCACCCCUGGAACACCUCUUCUACGUAGCUAUGGAGAGCUGGACCAGCUCCCCUUGUCAAAGCUUCACUCCAUCCAGAGUCAGCUGCGUAAUGACCUAGACCUUAUAGACGGGGUAAUAUAUCAGCUUCAGUCAAAGAAAUGUAUAGUUUGCCAAAAGCAUGAUCGUUGCAUUGUUCUGCAGCCUUGCCAACAUUAUGUACUAUGUGAGACCUGUGCACCUAGUAAAACAGAAUGUCCCUACUGUAGAACAAAAAUAUUGAAGUGGUGAUGUACAAAUACUCAAGGUACUAUUUAAAGAAUUAGCCCUUUGAAAAACUACUAAUAGAUAUUACAUUUUCUAAAUAGCAAUGUCUGUUUCAUACAGUGAUUGAAUUAAUUUAGAUUAAAAUGAUGUUUGACUGAUGAAACGCAUAGUAUUAUGAAUUAGAUUGUGUACAGGGGAUUCAAUCGUUGUAGUUUUUGCUCAUUUUAUGUGCACGUUACCGCGGGUCAACCAGUUAGCUUUCUGUAUAAAAAGCCAUGCACUCAAAAUUAGAAUAUUAAAUUAUCUUGCAAUACCCUUGUGACCCUCAUACUACGACGAGUUUCUCAAAUAUUUAAUCAUGAUUCAAACACUCAAAAGAAUGUACAUGUUUAAAUAUCUAAAUACUGUUUUUGCACCCAGUUAAAAAUGCAUUUGGCUAAACACAUAAUUUAGUCGUGCUUUCCAGCAAAAAAAAAAAAAAAAUGCAAAUAUGCAUUGCUCACCUGACACGUGUCUCUUAGGUUAAAAUUGCAAAGAAGACAAUAAUCCCAGUGAAAAAGCUGGAUACACAAAGGCAUUGUCUGUGCGUUUGAAUUGCUGCCCAAUUUAUUUGCUCUUAAUGGAUUAAAAUUAGUGUGGAUAAAUGCAUGUGUGAUCUCCUGAGGUAACAUCUUCUUUACUCAAUGCACUUAAAGUCGCCCCAGAGCAAAUCUGAGGACAUUUCAGGCCACACAUUUCAGACAUUACUAUGGAGAUGUGUGUAAAGUCAUUAAAAGGUUUUAGUACAUCUGUUACAUGAAAGAUUGUUAUAUUUGAAUUUUAUAACUGGGAAUGGAUACGUGCUACUUUUAAAAAUCCUAAAGUCAUAUGUCUGUCAUUUACUGGAAGUCUUAAAAUAAUGUU